AUUUCAACCAGCAAUAGCGGAAACUUGAUUAUUUUUUGUUGUCAAUUUCCUUUUAUCAGUUACGUGUGAUAUAUACUUUCUUAGCAAUUAAAACAUCGCAUUUUGCUGUUGUGGACUUUUGAGGCAAUAUCAUGAAAAGUACGUUGGUCUCCUUGCUUGUUGCGGGUUUUUGUCACAUAGCAUCUGCCAGAAUACAUCUUCUUAAUCAAGGCCGCGGCUUCAAUAAUUAUAUUUCACGCCCAAUCUAUCGCCCUCCUUUUUACAAUGGUCCGAUUACAACUCCUGUAGACCCGGGAACCACCCCUCACAUUGAUAAACUAAGUGAAGACGAACGACAAGCCCAAGGACGAGGUGUAAGAGUACCGCCGAAUGAUUGUGUUAUCUCAUGGAAUGACUUUCAACAAAAGAUCGCCAACAAAGAAUGGAUAGGACUAUACGGCAUAGAUGAUGAUGACGAAUUAAACCCCGGGGAUGCCUUUAAGUUUUCAGUACGAUGGAUUGUAGAAAAUGAUACAACAUUAAGAAGACAAGGCAGCCUAUGGUUUAAUGGGAGAUGCGUUUUUGCCGAUGGAGUGUUUCGGAGAAUAGAUGGUGACCGUGCUAUAUUCGGUUCCAUAGGCGGAAACGUAUUUGCAACGUCUACAAGAAGGGACUACUUUGUUUGUUCUAGAAGGGAUCCUAUACAAUGGUGCAUUUUCUACAUAUGCUAUGAUUCCGACAAAGUCCAAGAUGGCAGGUGUCCUAAUUCGGAAACAGUUAUCGUCUUCAGGGAACAAAGAGACACAGAUAUCAACGGGGCUGGCAUUCGAGAGGGUCCAAUAAGACUGGAUGACAUAGAUUGGAGCGAGCUCGAAAGCAUCCUGAAAGAAUGUUUAUCCCAAGAAAUCAAAGACGAUCAAGACCCCCAAGUAUUUUGGGCUUGGAGAACUCCAAACAGCAUAGCAUGCCCAGUUCCUGGAACUCCUGCUUUUGAUGAAGGUGUAAAAGCUGGCUAAUUCUGUCGAUGGCGAUCAAAACGUCGUUUGCAUGUGCACAUGUGGCGUUGGUACUGGGUUUUGCAAACUGAUAUUGCUAACCACACUUAAAUAAAAGUUUACAAACAA